GCUACUUUAUCACUGAUCAUUCUGCUAAACGCAUUGGAAGCCUUGCGGAACAGUGAGUGCAUCAGCGGUGAUACAGAGAGGGGCAUCCUCAGGAGUUUGUUGGCUUGAUAUCCCCUUGCUGCUGUGGGAGAGCACCUGAGCGCAACAGCAGAGCCUGACUGCCCAGUAGCCGGAUGCCAGCCGAGACCACAGGAGCUCUCUGAACCCAGUCACCUGUGGUGCGCAGGAGACCCUAUAGCUUCUGGGCACCAACUACAACCAGCAGAACCAUUCAGGAUCUCCCCAGGGUUACCCUUGUUUUCUAAUUAGUGGUGCUCAGAAAGGCUUCAAGAUUUCGUCGAAAAGCAGGCAGGAGGAGCGGCCAGCACUAAGCCGGCUGGUGGCCAGGAAGAGGCUGGUGGCCGCCGGGGCGCUGGGGGUGGUCAUGGUGUUGUUGCUGGUCAUCCUCAUCCCGGUGCUUGUUAGUUCUGCUGGGACCUCGGCACACUAUGAGAUGCUAGGAACCUGCCGCAUGGUCUGCGACCCAUAUGGAACCAAACCCCCCAGCACAGCUACAGCGGAGACGGUGCGGGAACACAGCCUUCUUCAAUCCUUGCCCACCUUCAUCCAGGGUCCGAAGGGAGAAUCUGGGCGCCCGGGGAAGGCUGGACCCCGGGGUCCCCCGGGAGAGCCAGGACCUCCUGGACCUAUGGGUCCACCGGGUGAAAAAGGAGAGCCAGGUAGACCUGGACUACCUGGGACCCCAGGGGCCCCGGGGCUGAAUGCUGCUGGGGCAAUAAGCGCUGCCACUUACAAUACAGUGCCCAAGAUUGCUUUCUACGCUGGUCUCAAGCGACAACAUGAAGGCUACGAGCUGCUCAAGUUUGACGAUGUGGUCACUAAUCUGGGCAACCACUAUGACCCGACCACCGGUAAAUUCACAUGCUCCAUCCCAGGCAUCUACUUCUUUACCUACCACGUCCUUAUGAGGGGAGGGGAUGGUACCAGCAUGUGGGCUGAUCUGUGCAAGAACAACCAGGUUCGUGCUAGUGCCAUUGCCCAGGAUGCAGACCAAAAUUAUGACUAUGCUAGCAACAGUGUGGUUCUACACCUGGAGCCUGGAGAUGAGGUAUAUAUAAAACUAGACGGAGGAAAAGCACAUGGCGGAAAUAACAACAAAUACAGCACUUUCUCUGGAUUUAUCAUCUAUGCUGACUGAGGAUGGUUUACCAAAGGAACUUUUUUUUUUUUGCGCAACUAGUUCAAUUUGUUGGCCUAUAGACAAUGUGUCGUUACAUUGACCAACAGGAACUUUGGGGACCGUCAACAGCGAAAAAUCCAGAGUCACAUGACUCACAGCUGUACACCUCGGAAACAUUAAGUAUAUACACAUAUAUGUUGUACAAGUUUCGCAGAUGCGUCAUCCCUACCACCAAAGCAAACAUUCUGUGUGUGUAUGUGAAUGGAAUCAUCUUAUACAAUAAAGAUUUUUAUAAGAAAAAAAUAUAUACCAAGAUACAACAUUCCUUAAAUAUAUGAUAUCGAUAUAUUAUAAUCUUGCUGCUUUUCCCAUGUGUCAGCUAUGGAUUUUGUAAGUUGCCUGCCUGUGGUGGUGCUUGGAAUUUAUGCAUCAUAUCAUCAAGAGGAUUUUUUUUAAAUUAAUUUAUAUUUUUUUGCAAAAAAUCAAAGAUGCUCACUAAAAUAUAUGCAUCUUUUUUUUUUUUUAUCCAAGACAAUUUUUGCAUUUUCACAAGACUGUGGAAAAAAUUCUAAAGGAAAGAAUGACAAUGGAAUAAAUGCUAAUGUAAAGAAAAUUAGAAAAUGUUUUGGCAUUUCCAUUAAAGAAAAAACAAAAAAAGUAUAUUGUAUUUAAUCAUAAUGUAAAUGAUGUAAUCACAUGAAAAUACAUAGAACAAUAGAUAUUAUAAAUUAAUUUACAAUUUAUAUUUAAUAUUCAAAUAUUAACAUAGAAUUAUUUUAUAUGUUUCCCUGAUGUAUUUAAUUACUGUACCCCCCUACAAAAAUCUAAAUAUCAAAUAAAACUAGUGCAAAUGUGAGAAAUGCUAAUGAUAUAUAAUUAGAGGGAUAGUAGCUAAUUCUUUAUAGCUAAUGUCACAAGAACAGGUCAUCAUGCAGUCACAAACAACAAAAUAAUGUAUUUGUCAUCAGAACUAGAGACAUCACUGGUUGUGAUAUAUAUCACUUUUCUGGCAUUAGGUAGUGCCUUUUUUACUGGUGACAUAUGGUACACUUGAAAGCAUUUGUGAGACAUAAGUAUAUUGAAAGGCAAUUCCUUUGGCAGACUUUUUAUUUUUAAGGUAGCAUAAACCUGUCUCAUUCCCCAUUCAUUGUUUGAGAUUGUGAUUUAAAGUGCUUCUUGUCACAAAUGGGCUUACAAUGUUGUUACAGAAAGAAAUCCAGUACUUGUUCUAAUGAGUUCUAAAUUAAAUGAAGGGGUUUAUCACCAUCUAUUGCUUAAUAAUUAUUGGCAUGUUAAUAGGUGCAAAGAAGACAAUUUCAGUGUUGACCCAAUCACUAUCAUCCAUUUUCAUUGUUUAUUGGCAGCAUAUUUUUUUUUGUUUUGGUGCAAAAAAGACCCUAUACUUAACACAUGCCAAUCCUCUCUGACUCAUCACAAUGCAAUUUUUUGAUACCUAAAGGGACAUGAAACCCAAAAUGUUUCUUUUAUGAUUCAGAUAGAGAAUAC